CCAAACCCUUACUAACUGUCACUUGUCAUUUCGAGACCAGCUGUCCACUGCCUGUCACUAGUCAAUCUCUUUUUAAACCAUUUUGUUUUCGUGAGUAGACUCGUUUCGUGUCUCUUGACUUAAAAUGCGUUACGUGGCUGCUUACUUAUUGGCCGUAUUGGGAGGCAAUGCCGCCCCAAAAGCCGCCGACCUCGAAAAGAUCUUGGGGUCCGUCGGUAUCGAGGCCGACUCCGAGAGGCUCAACAAAGUCAUCUCCCAGCUGAAUGGCAAGUCUAUCGACGAAGUCAUCGCUCAAGGCAGGGAAAAACUGAGCUCGAUGCCCGCCGGAGGUGCCGCCCCCGCAGCAGCCGCUGCUGGAGGCGCUGCCCCUGCUGCCGAAGAGAAGAAAGAAGCCAAGAAGGAAGAAAAGAAAGAAGAGUCCGAGUCUGAAGAUGACGACAUGGGCUUCGCUCUUUUCGACUAAACAUGUGUACAAAUUACGCAUAUUAAUUUUUUUAAGUUGUAACUAAGUUUUAAUAAAAAAGUACAAAAAUUGAACUAAAAA